AUGGCCCGAUUCUUCUGCUUCUUCACCCUUGCUUUUGCUUUGCUCAUGUCCUGCGUCAUGGCUGGCGAACAAAGCAAACGCCAGAUUGGUAAUCUCCAAUGCAACAUUGCACGCCUCAAGACCGUUGCUGGACUCGCUAAGUCGGCCUCUGCUAUCAAAAAAGCAAUGACUGCUGCUCAGGGUGACGCCGAAACUACUGCACAGCUGCAGACGGCUGCACAAGGAGUCUCAAGUGCCCAGGCCGGAGUAGGAACGAUCGCGAAGGCUCUCAUCACCGGACAACUGGCGCCCGCUGCAGCGCGUCAGCAAGUCGCAGACGGCCUCAAUGCUGCCACGACCGCACUUGGAUCUACAACCUCGAGCGACCCUAACGUCGACAGUGCUAUUGCAUCCGCCACCUCGGCUAUCGCUGGCACCACCACCUCCGGGCAGCAGGUUGUCGCCAACUGCAAGUAA